GGAGCGCUUGCCUCAGUUCCACCUCCAUCUAGAACACCAGCGGCCGGAUGAGGCCACUCCGCCAUGCCUCCGUCUCUGUCCAACCAAAUCAGACGGCGGAGGCAAACCGUAGAGUGGUUGGCGGCCGUGCGGCGCGAGAUUGAGGUCGACAAUGGUUGCCGCAGCAGGAAUAGGUAGCCCAUGGAGAUCCGUUCUUGUUUGUGUUACGUGCGACUGUUUUGAGGGCUUCCGAAUCGGAUUGAGAGCCCUAAUGUGGCAGUCCGGGAUGCAGUCGGUGUCUUUGUCCAAGAUGGUGAGAUCUUCUGGUUCGGCUCGUGUUCCUCCGUAAUGACCUCCCACGGUGUGAUUUGGCCAGAUCCAUCCCCUUCUCAUAUUAUUUGGGGUGCAUGAAAUGUGGACUACGUAUACAAGAUUGCAGCAUCAUGAAAUGGUUUGAUACUUGGCUUGGUUCAGAAUUAUACAGCGGCGAGGGCCUCGCGUUCGAGCCGACCAGGCUGCGGGAGAGGUGGGCGAGGGAGCGGAGGGAGGAGGCCGAGAGCCUGGCGGACCUCGGGAUGCCCGUGAAGAGGGCCGGGGCACGGAAGCCGCGCCUCGCGUUGGAUGAAAAACUUCAAAAAUUGUUGGGUCAUUUCCAGAAGGACUAUGAAGGUGGAGUAUGUGCUGAGAACUCGGGGUCACAAAUGGGAGGUUAUGGUUCAUUCUUGUACCCCCAGCGUUCUCUGUCUGUUAUAUCUCAAUCUAGAAGUCCUGCAGUUCCUCCAAACCAUGGCAAUGCCUCUAGAUCACCUUAUGUUCCAGUGGAGAGUGCACAGAAGAGUCAUUUUGUCAAGACUGAAUUAGAUAGCAGGGGAAAAGAUGAUUAUUGUCGAAGAACAUCGAAUGGGAUCAAUGGUAAUCCUCAUCAACAGAUUUUGAACAGAGCAGUCAAUGGUCCUGAGCAAAAGGCACCUAAAAUACGUAUCAAGGUGAACAGCAGUAGAAGUUUGGCAAGAAAUACUGCUGCUGUCUACAGUGGUCUGGGCCUCGACAUUUCUCCUUCAUCCUCUAUGGAUGACAGCCUUGGUGGGAGCGCUGGAGAUCCUGAGCCCAAAAAUUUACCAGAUGCAUCUCCGCAUACCAUUUUACAGAUAAUGACCUGCCAUCCUAUUCCUGGAGGACUCUUGCUUUCACCACUUGCAGAUAAUAUUAUGGCGCUGAGAAAAAAGACAGCAUCUGUAACAAAGGAACAUGAAGCACCUGAAUUUGAUUAUGACAAAGCAGAACUGAACAGAGACUGGUGUCCCACGACCUCUGCUGCAGGAGAUAACAAAAAUAAGGUGUCAAAUAAAAAUAAGUAUGUUGAAAAGAAAGAUCACCUCCCAAGUAUCAAGAAUUCACAAUGCAGACAUAAUGAUUCAACAAUUGUGAAUAAGGGGACUAUGCAUCAGUUACUGGAUAUGUCAGAUGAUGCAGGUUCAGUCCUCUUACCUAGAAGCAUGAAGACAGAACAACAUUCAGUUGAGGAAUCAGAAAAAUUGGUGGCUGAUAUUCCGAAUCACCUGAAGGAAACAAAGAAUGGUCCACUGAAAGCACGAGGCAUGAGUUUGCCAUACUUGAUAAGGAAGAGAAUAUAUGAAGCUAGGCCAAAGUUAGGGACCGACACUGCUGCUAGCUCAUGUGGAACGGGCAACAAACCAAACCAGAAGUUGGUCUGAUGUAUCUGCAAAUGCUGUAUGUGUAUAAGGUCAUGUUAUCUUCAUGACGGGCUCGGCUGCGGGGGCUAGGUGAGAGCUCAUCAGUAUAUGUUAGUAAUGCUCACUACCUCGGCGUCCACUGGUACUUGGUGCGACUUCCAUACAUCAUCAAGCUAGCGAGAUGGGCUCACCGCCUUGACAGCAUCAAGCUAAUGUGAUGCCCUUAUUAUUUGCCUAUAUGCUUCCGCUGGAUGUGUCUUCUAUGCUGCGGCAUUGACCUGCUGUGGUAGCUACGUAGAUAGGGCUAUGUAAAAGUUAUUUUGUGUAAGUGCAGUACAUCCUCUGGCUGAUUGGGAGGCUUGUAAGACAAUCCUUCAUCCAGACCCUAUGUUGAGAAUACGGGCUUAGCUUUAUAUUCUCUUUAACUACUCCUAUGCAUGACACGAACUGUUGCCCAGGAAGAAUUUUUGUUGAUACACUUUC